UCUGAUCUGUGCAAAUUCUUCGACUACGUCUAAUAAGAGGGAAAACACAAUCAGAGGGCAUUCAAAGCCCUCUACGUUUGCUAUGUUGUCUUUUAGUUUCUUUCUUAUAGUAACACAUAAUAGUCUGGUGGCUAUCUCUGUUGACCUACCAUCUUCUUAUGAGCCCACAGAUACCUUCAGCUUAGAUUGUUCAUCUGAUCUAGCAUCCGUUAUAGAUAGAAUGGGUUCCCUUAACCCUUCUAAAACUAAUUUCUACGUUGUGUCGAAAGAUUACACCAGAGAACCCAGCUACAGUGGAAAACCACAAGUUUGCGUCCACAAGAAACAAUUCACAUAUACAUUUCCCAUCUCUCCUGGUCCCAAGUUCAUUCGGCUUUAUUUCAAUCCAAUCCCAUAUUCAGGCUUCCAUAUUUCCAAAGCUUUAUUCUCUGUCAGUGCUGGUCACUACACUCUUCUGAAAACCUCCAAUGAUUCAUAUUCGGAAAGUAAGUUAGAUGCUGAUCAUAGUUAUACUGUGAAAGAGUAUUGUAUCAACAUCGAUGACCAGGUGUUAAAUGUUACAUUCAUUCCAUCUCGGGAUGUUCCUGAUGCCUUUGCUUUUGUCAGCAAGAUUGAGGUUGUCUCGAUGCCUUCAAACCUCUACAUCCGAGAAGUUGUUCCGCUUCCCCUAAUUGGACAACCUUCUCUAUAUUAUGUCAAGAACUCAAGAGCCCUUGAGAUGAUGCAUCGACUGAACAUAGGUGGAGAUUUGAUCCCUGCCCAUGAAGACACUGGUAUGUGUCGCGAAUGGAUACCCGAUGCAAGUUUUUUGACAACUGAUGAAAGCAACACGGAUAUCGUUAAUUCACAUGUUCAAAUAAAGCGCAGUUCAGUGGUGCCAGUAUAUGUAGCUCCUGAGAAAGUUUAUGCUUCCGCCAGGACAGUUGCUGCUGGUAGUAAUCAAGGUGGAGCUAGAUGGUUGUUGCCAGUUGACUCUGGUUUCUACUACCUUGUUAGACUCCAUUUCUGUGAGAUAUCAAAAAAGAUUCACGGUGUUGAUCAAAGAGUUUUUCAUGUCUAUAUUAAGAAUCAAACUGCUGAAGAUCACGCAGAUAUAUUUGGUUGGGGCCAUGGAGACGGGAUUCCGGUUUAUAGAGAUUACAUUGUAAAUUUUUCAGAACAUACCAAAGGCAGAAAAUAUCUUUCUCUUUCAAUAGAAAAUAGUAAUGACUCAAUCAAGACAACCGAGCCAGCGAUCUUAAACGGGUUAGAAAUUUUCAAGUUGUCCGACUUCAACGACAGUCUUGCUGGACCAUUUUCAUUUGGAAUGGGAAAGUCCUCAAAGCAAUCCAGGAAUAAUGAUGUAAUUGAUAAAGCUUUAAGAAUUUUCCCCAUUUUCCUCUGCAUAUCAAUAAUUCUUGCAAUUAUUUGGCAAAUAGUAGUUGUAAUUGAUUCGAAAGGGCAAAGAGAAACUUUUAUGCAGUCUCCAUCAUCAGACCAUUGCCAGAGCUUCUCAUUUGAUGAGGUAAAGUUGGCGACCAAUAACUUCUCUGAAGCCUUACUUCUUGGGGCUGGGGGUUAUGGGAAAGUUUACAAAGGAUCCAUUAAUGAUGGCACCAAUUUUGUUGCAAUAAAACGAGCCAAUCCCUCUUCACACCAAGGUCUAAAGGAGUUCCAUACCGAAAUUCUUCUGCUAUCACAGCUCCGACACUGCCACCUAGUCUCUUUGGUAGGGUGCUGCAAGGAAAAAAAGGAAAUGAUACUUGUUUAUGAUUAUAUGGCUAACGGCACCUUACGUGAUCAUCUAUACAAGACCAAGAAGCCUCCACUUUCAUGGAAGCGAAGGCUCACAAUCUGCAUUGGUGCAGCUCGAGGGUUGCAUUACCUCCACACUGGUGCAAAGCACAAAAUUAUUCACCGUGAUGUGAAGAGCACCAAUAUUCUGUUAGAUGAGAAUUGGGUGGCUAAGGUUUCAGAUUUUGGGCUAUCAAAAAUUGGCCCUAACAUGCUAACCCAAUCCAACACUCAUGUCACUACAAUGGUGAAGGGAAGCUUUGGGUACAUGGAUCCAGAGUAUUACAAACGUCAGAAGUUGACCGAGAAAUCAGAUGUUUACUCAUUUGGGGUAGUAUUGUUUGAAGUACUAUGUGCUAGACCUGCUGUUCUACAAGUGACAGAAAAUAUGGAGGAAGAGCUAGAGAAGGUAAAUUUGGCCGAGUAUGCCCUGCAUUGUUAUCGAUCAGGGACCCUUGACCAAAUUAUUGACCCAUAUCUACAAGGAAAAAUAGAUCCAACAUGUUUGAAGACAUUCACAGACGUUGCAAGGAAAUGUUUGGCUGACAAGGGUAGUGAACGGCCAACCAUGGGUGAGGUAUUGUGGAAUUUGGAGCAGGCGUGGCAGCAGCAGGAGAGUGCUCUUUUCGAAAAUGAUGGCAACUGCGGUGUAGCAGACACGAAUACAGCUGGUGGAUUGCCUGAAAUCCUAGAUGUUCGUGGAGUACAUCGGAACGGUAGUUCAGAUCCUACCCCAGGAGUAGAAUUCUCUGAGAUCAUAGUCCCGAUUGGGCGUUGAUAGGUGUUUAUGCCUUUCUUUUUUUUUUUUUUUUGGUGAUUGGUGGUUCAGGUCAACAUCCAUCCUGGAGACAACGAGAGAGGCAGAAUUUCAG